GAUUUCAUGGAAGUAAUCUUCGUGACAUCGUUGCACACAUGGGAAACGUUUUUACCACCUGAGCCGGACGGCGCUAGGAAUGGCGCCAAUGCGCCGCCAUUUUCACGAAACUUUACCGUGACCGUAAAUCGCGAAGCUGCGACGAAGAAGAAUUCCAGCGGACGUUGCGCGCUCGUCGGUGGGCCGUCGGAAAAAUCGCGAGAAAGGCGAGAAUAAUGCGCUGGUCAGCCUGUUUGUACGAAGGGGACUGAGCUGGACAUUCAAGAAUGCAAUCCGUGCAAGAAAGCAUAUGUACAAAUGAUAUUGAGAGUCUGGAUACAGAAGCUCUCAUACCAGUUGAACUUCUGGCUUGCGAUGUUUCUACUCAUCCAAGACCACAAGAUGCCUCAACUAUGGUGGAACUUGGAAAGCAACUUCUACACAGUGCAAAAAAUGGUGACACCGAAGCUGUCCGUGAGCUCAUGUGUAGAGGCGCACCAUUCACCACAGACUGGCUUGGUACAAGUGCGCUCCAUCUCGCUGCGCAAAACAAUCACAUAGAAACUGCUGAAGUUUUACUUAGAGCAGGAAUAUCCAGGGAUGCUAGAACAAAAGUUGAUAGAACACCAUUACACAUGGCAGCAUAUGAAGGCCAUGAUCAGAUGGUGCAAUUGCUGCUUAACUAUGGUGCAGAUGUCGAUAGUAGAGAUAUGCUAAAGAUGACUCCGCUGCAUUGGGCGGUAGAACGUGAACAUAUGGAUGUAAUGCAUAUUUUACUAGAUCAUGGAGCUGAUAUAAAUGCAACUAGCAAAUUUGAAAAGACUCCAAUCAGUCUUGCACUAGAACAUGAUAGGCUAGAUUUAGUAGACAUACUACAGCAAGAAAGAGUAUUGAUAGGUAUUCAAGCUCAUCAACAGAAUCAGGCAAAUUCUACCGAAUUAGAAGUAGCUACAAAUAAUUUAGUGCAAUUAGAGGCUGAUAGCAAAAGUUCGAUAAUACAGGAAACGGAGAAGUUUGAGAUAAUGCAACAACCGCAACGUAAACGUAAAGCUUCUCAAGCGCACAUUGAGAAAAAACAAAAAUCGGUUUUUCAACAAAUUUCUAUAUCACCAAACAACACAGAUGGUGAACAGGAGAAAGAAUUUGAAGAUGUGGAAAUAAUUAACGCAAAUAAUAUUAUGAAUAGUAAGAAACAUAAAGAUAUUAUAUCGAUAGGCAAACAAUUUAGGUUAUUAGAAGCACAUGGAAUUAGGAUGAUACCUGUGGAUGAUGACUCGUCCAUUGUAGAGAAAGCGGUGGAAAGUGGGAGAACAGUAGUUUUAACAGAAGCUGGGAAAAUAGCUCUAAAUUUAACGAAAAACUCGCCACUUAAACGUCUUCAGGUUGCUUCGAAGAAAGGAUCACCGAGAAAAGUUAUAGCAAUUAGAACGGAUCAAAUACAAUCAAAAAUCUUGAAUACGAAUUCUAACACAUCUAUCACCACAUCGCGAAGUCCAAAUAUUUUAAAAAGAUCUACUAUAGAUAACAAAGCAGCAAAAUUAUUUGUUACAACAGUUUCUAAUACCUCAACGACAUCUACUGUCACUGAGAUGAAGAAUUCCAAUUCAAUAAAGGAAAAAAUUGCGAGUUCUCCAACGAAGAUUACUGAACCAACAAUUUUAUUAGAUGAUAUAGAAGAAAUUACUGAAGAAGAUAACAACGAACCAGUAACGGACAUAGCACUCUUAAAUAGACAAUUAGCAGAAGCUCGAAGACUAGCCGCUGAAUACCGUAAGCAGUUACAAGAAAAAGAGAAAGAAGCGGAAAUAUAUAAACAACAACUCCAGAACAUCACAGCACAAAUAGCAUCUAAGUAAUUUUGUACAGAUAUAAAUAAUUCGUGUUCGGUUUCACAAUUUGCAAAUCGGAUUUCUUUUUAUAUAAAAAGACUGUAGUGUUAUACUUUUUACAAUAUAUUAUUA